CAGUCUCGUGGCAUUUCCUGCUGCAGAGCCUCCUGCCAACAGCUGUCCUGCUGCCGAGCGGCUGCCGCCUUUCGCCCACAUCUGUUGCUUUUCCGCCGCUGCCCCAGAGCGGGGACCCCGCGGGCUGCGAGCGAGAGGCAGAGGCAGCCCCGGUCGCUGGCAAAGGGCGAGGGCGCCUUCCCGUGCAGGCAGCGCAUGGCAGUGGUUGGGAGAGAGUGACACUUGGCGGGUGGGAGCGGCGGCGGCGGCGGCGGCGGGGCCGCGCGGGCUGCUGUAGAGCUCGAGGCGACCGGGAGAGCGGCUCGGCUCGGCGAAGGUCAGGAUGACUGCGGCGCCGGGGAGAUGCUUCCUCGGGAACUUGGGACGAUGGUGACGAGGAGCCGCGCAGCAAAAUGGGGAACGCGCUUUUUUUCUGAGAGGCGGCGGGAAUUGGGCCGGGGGGAUCGCGGGCUGUUGCUGCCUGCGCGCUAAGAAGAAAACCCCCACAGCUCAUGCCAUGAAGGAAGAGAAUUUUCUUCGACGCAGGUUCUCACUCUGCCCUGCCUCAUCUACUCCUCAGAAGAUUGACCCUCGUAAGCUGACCCGAAACCUGUUUUUUGGGGCUGAUAAUGAGAUCUACCCACUCAGCCCAGGGAAAGACAUGGAUGGAAAUGCAUUGUCCAUGCUGAAGGAUGAGAUUCCCCAGACACCAAACUCUAUUAAUAAGAUUGAAUACAAGUUCUGCAAUGGGUCUGAUAAAGAAUGUGUAUCACCUAUUGGCAAAAACAACAAGAAAGAGACUUUGAAGGUACAAAAGAAAAAUUAUAGGCAGGAGAAGAAAAGAGCCACCAAGCAACUCUUCAGUGCUUUGAAAGAUCCCAGUGUGGUCAUUAUGGCUGAUUGGCUGAAGAUUCGUGGGACUUUGAAAAGCUGGACCAAGUUGUGGUGUGUACUAAAACCUGGAGUGCUGCUGAUCUAUAAAACACCAAAGAUUGGGCAGUGGGUGGGAACCAUCUUGCUUCAUUCUUGUGAGCUAAUUGAGAGACCCUCCAAAAAAGAUGGCUUCUGUUUCAAGCUUUUUCAUCCUCUGGACCAGUCAAUUUGGGCUGUGAAGGGUCCUAAGGGAGAGAAUGUUGGUUCAAUCACACAGCCUCUCCCAAGCAGCCAUUUGAUCUUCAGGGCAGCUUCUGAAUCAGAUGGCCGAUGCUGGUUGGAUGCUCUGGAACUGGCCUUGCGUUGCUCCAGUCUGUUCAGGCUGAGUGCCUCAAAGCAGGGAAAGGAUGGCGAUCUGAACUGCUCAACUGAUUCUUCGCAUGCUGGGCUGUACAACCUACUGCACACAGCUACAAUAUCAGACCAGGAACUUUUCCAUCUUAAUGAAUCAGCUUUGGAGAACCAUCAUCUGGAGAACGAUGCUUUUUCAGACAAAUCUGAGAGAGACAACAUAGAAGAGUCUGAGAAUGAAAUGCACGAGAACAGCCGGAAGACUAAUGAGAGUGAGAGCGAUCAGUCUGAGAUUCAUGGGGAGUUGUCCCAGGAAAGGAAAGGGACAACCUAUUUAGAACAGAACUAUGAAGAGUUUGGAGAGACAGGUGAAACUUCUCAAACAGAAACGGUGUCAGAUGAGAACAAAAGUCUGAUGUGGAUUCUUCUGAAGCAGCUGCGGCCUGGCAUGGACUUGUCUCGUGUAGUUCUGCCUACUUUCAUCUUAGAGCCACGCUCCUUCCUCAACAAGCUUUCAGAUUAUUACUAUCACGCUGACCUACUUUCCCAAGCUGCUCUUGAAGAAGAUCCAUACGGUCGAAUCAAGCAAGUCUUGAGAUGGUACCUGUCAGGCUUUUAUAAGAAGCCAAAGGGAAUUAAAAAGCCAUACAAUCCCAUUUUGGGAGAGACCUUUCGUUGCUGUUGGUUUCACCCACAGACAAACAGUCACACAUUUUACAUAGCAGAACAGGUUUCUCAUCACCCUCCUGUGUCAGCCUUUCAUGUCAGUAACCGGAAGGAUGGGUUCUGUAUUACUGGCAGCAUUCUAGCCAAAUCCAAGUUUUAUGGUAAUUCACUUUCAGCACUAUUGGAUGGGCAAGCCAAGCUUACUUUUCUAAGCAGUGGAGAGGAGUAUGUUAUUACUAUGCCAUAUGCCCACUGCAAAGGAAUACUGUAUGGUACCAUGACAAUGGAGCUUGGAGGAAAGGUUACCAUUGACUGUGAGAAAAGCAGUCACCGAGCAGAACUGGAAUUCAAAUUAAAGCCUUUCUUCGGUGGCAGCACAAGCAUUAAUCAAAUUUUGGGGAAGAUUAAAUUGGGAGAAGAAGUGCUGGCGAGCCUUGAUGGACACUGGGAUGGAGAAGUAUAUAUAAACGAACUGAAAAAUGGCUGCACAGAAACUUUCUGGAACCCAACCAGUGAAGUCCGAAAGCAGAGGUUGAAGCGUCAUAUUGUGCUGUUUGAAGAGCAAACUGAAUUUGAAUCUGAAAGACUUUGGCAACAUGUAACAAGUGCAAUAGGCAAAGAAGACCAACACAAGGCAACUCAAGAGAAGUUUGUUUUAGAAGAAGAGCAGAGGAAUGCAGCACGGGAACGGAAAGAGAAUGGAACCGAGUGGAAACCCUUACUCUUCUGGCAUGAUCCUACCACAAAUGAAUGGCACUACAAAUAUGAGGAUUUAAGGCCCUGGGACCCUUUGAAUGAUAUUGCCCAGUAUGAAAAAGAUGGAAUACUUCAAACCAUGCAGAGGCACUUAUCCAAUAGAAUGUCAACUCACAAAAACAUGUGCAUCAGCAACCAAGUUGCACGACACAAGAGGUCUGCAAACGAUUGUAGGAGGCGUAAAGCCAGUGAUCAACCGUCCAACAACAGCCAGAACACAGAAAGCAGCUGUUCUACACCAGAAUCUGUGCAGGAACUGUCAGAUGAUGAUGGUUUUGAAAGUCCGUGUACUCAGUGUGGGAAAGAAAGCAACCAUCUGAAGGAAAUUCACACUGCAGUCUUAUCCCUCCAGAGAGCCCAACAGGAUAUUCACAGAAACCUCAGUGCUCUGAACAAAAAGUCUCUCUACAGGAGGGCCUCGUCUGAAAACCUCUUCCUGGACUCUCGCUGUUGGUUUCUUCUUUGCAUCUUUCUAACAUGUCAGCUAUUAAUUAAUUACGUGUUCAAAUAAAAGCACUGCGUGUGGCAGCAAUAAAUGUGACAUGCUGCUGGAAUGGGGAGACAGAAAUGCAAGGAGCCCACUUGAGGCACCAAGCACUUUAAUACCUACGCAGCAGGGGGCAGAGGAAGAAAGAAACAAGGUCAACCAGGGAACCUACAAGUUUUGUUCGUCAGAUUAUGUCAUUGCCUUUUUACAUGUACAUCUACAAGGACCUCUUUACCUGUAUGGGCCUUAAUGCUAAAGCCAAAUGUAGCUUUAAAUGUGCAAUGUUGUUUUUCUAUGUCUUGUCAUUUUUCUGACGCAGUUUAAAAUCUACCAACCAGUAUUGGUUCUCCCUUGUAACACUAUACACAUCUACUUGGUUUUGUACAAUGGUUCCCAAUGGCUUGUUUUAUGGCUCUUCUGUAGGUGUGGGGGAGGGGGUGGGAGCGGGGAGAAUAUUUUGGCAUCAAGAUGACUGCUGAAUUUGAACAAAGAGAAGGGAGCAUUGGGCAGUCAUCUUAAACAUUAAGCCACUGGAGUAUAGAAAGCACAGCUUCUCCUUGGAUCUUUGGGUCAGUGCUCUCUCACACCAAACACCUGUGACCAAUUCCUUGCACUCCAUUCCCCAGAGAUUGUAAAUAUGCACGAUUUCCUAAAGCUUGCCUCUUUUGGGAAAUACGAAAUGACCUGUACACAGCUUCUAAACGAUGCCCAUUGGGCCAUAGCGUCAAACACACCUCUUUAUGAAUCAGUUCAGAUUUUUUAAAAUAUAUAUAUACAGAGCAAGAGUUGAUUUUACAUUGAGCAAAACAUAUACACACAACCAUUGUAUAAAGGAACGGGUUAAAGAGGAUGGCUGUUUAAAUGGUUCUGUAUAUAGGAAAUUUUAUAUGUUAUAAACUCACGCCAGAACUGGGGUGCACCAGGCUGCUUCUGUGACUUGGGAGAGCUUUUGAUGAGUACAGGGUAGCUGCAUGAGCAGGCACAAGCAACUGUUCCGGGUUUUUGUUUUUGUUUUCCAAAGGGAUUACUUGUACCCAAUUGGUUCGACUUCCCUGUGUUUUGUUUUGAAGACUGACUGCUUUCUUGUAUCAUAGAAAGCCCCUCCCCUGCCUAGGGAUGAUCCUGUGAUUGUGUGAAGACGCCCUGUGUGUGAUGUUUGCUGUUAGGUACAUUUAAAGGUUAAAGGUCAGGAAUAGUAAGGGUUUGCCACUGCAUCCUCUGAAUCUGUUGAUAGUCUUCCUAUUUUUACAUCAUUUUUAAAAGAUUUGCAAUAUUUUAUGUAGACUUGCAGCCAGUACGAAGCCUUUCUUUUCUGGCCCGAAGUAGUUCCAAGUGGUAAGUACUGCUAUAUAUAUAUAUAUAUAUAUAUAUAUAUAUAUAUAUAUAUAUAUAUAUAUAUAUAUAUAUAUAAAGAUUCCAUACACACACACACACACACACACACACACUGCCUUAAAAAUAUUUAGUGGUGGUGCCAGUCUGGCUAACUUUCAGUGUAAAUGUUUCCAGAUUUUUAACUACAUUCCUUGUGAUGUUCCCCUGUAAGGGGAUACUUUGUUUGUGCUUGAUACGUUGAAAUAAAAAUACACAACUUUCACUUA